CCAAAAGCGCACCUAUCCAGAAACCCGUUUUCACUUCAUCGUCUCCCUCUCUAUCUCACUCUCUUUCUUCAAUCCGAAUUUAGGGUUUUACCGAUCAAUCCCCAAAUCACCAUUGUUAUGGAUUGUUUUCACAGGCACCAAUUUCAAGUACAAGAAUAGUAUUCGUUGACAAAACAUGGACAGUGAUGAAGAAGAUUACGUGUUCUUCGGAACGCCGAUUGAGCGAGAAGAAGAGAUCACCAGCCGCAAGAAGAAAUCAGUCGCUGAGGCUUCUGGUAAUCUGCGAACCCUUGUCCCAUGGAAGCAAGAGGUCAGAGAUGAAGAAGGGAGAAGAAGAUUCCAUGGAGCAUUUACUGGAGGUUUUUCUGCUGGUUACUACAAUACUGUGGGUUCCAAAGAGGGAUGGACUCCACAGACAUUUACAUCAUCUCGGAAGAAUAGAGCUGAAAUCAAACAACAAAGCAUUCUUAACUUCUUGGAUGACGAUGAGAAAGUGGAUUUGGAAGGCCAAUCAUUGGGAACAUCUAUGCAGUUUGAUACAUUUGGAUUUACAGCGGCUGAACUUGCUCGCAAACAAGCUGAGAAGGAACAACGGCAGAGGCCUUCAAUUAUUCCUGGACCAGCUCCUGAUGAAAUAGUUCUUCCAGCAACAGAUUCCAUUGGUGUAAAGUUGCUGCUGAAGAUGGGAUGGCGACAUGGUCAUGCAAUAAAGGAUUUGCGGACUAAUUCAUUGUAUGAUGCUCGUAGAGAAGCUAGAAAAGCUUUUCUGGCAUUUUCAUCUGAUGAUGCAGCGGCACAGCUUGCUGGCUCUGGGCCUGUUAAGGGUGACCUUGAAAAUAUUAUGGAGUUACCUGCUGAUAAUGAUGAUCAGUUUCCACAGAGCACACCGGUUUAUGUACUCAACCCGAAGCAGGACUUGCAUGGUUUAGGCUAUGAUCCUUUCAAGCAUGCUCCCGAAUUUAGGGAGAAGAAAAGAUCACGCUUAAUUGAUAAUAAGGAGUUGGGGCAUAGGAAACCUUCCUUUAUGAAAGACAGUCUUUUUGCUUCGAGAUCACGAAAGGUUGCUUCUGGUUUUGGCAUUGGCGCACUUGAAGAACUUGAUGCUGAAGAUGAGGAUGUAUAUGCAUCUGGUUAUGACUUUGAAGAAACUUAUGUCCAAGAAAUUGAAGAGCCUUCAAAACUCAGCCUGGACAAUAAGAAAAAGUUUACUGAAAAAGAACAGGGUGUUCUUCCUGGUUUUAAAGUGGCAGCAAAUUCUGACUACCAAUUAGAAAGAUUUGAUCCUCCUGUUAUUCCAAAGGAUUUUGUACCUCUUCAUGAAUUUCCUACUCCUCUUGACAUCAACAACAAAUUUGCUGAUACCCCACCUCCAGAAAUUCCUCCUCCGCAGGAUAAUAAUUUGAAACUCUUGAUUGAAGGGGUUGCAACUUUAGUAGCCCGUUGUGGUAAAUUAUUUGAGGAUCUAUCACGAGAGAAGAAUCAAUCGAAUCCAUUAUUUUCUUUCCUUAAUGGGGGAAAUGGCCAAGAUUAUUAUUCAUGGAAGCUUUGGGAGGAGCGGCAGAAGCGCAAUGAUAAAGAUAAACAGCAUUUGGAUGGGAAAAUGUUUCCAAGUGUGCAGAAGAUUACGGCAGAGAGCCGUGGCAAAAUCUUAGGAGAAAAGCCUCUGGAUAGAAGCUCCAAAGAUGCAACUGUGGCUUUUACCUCUGCAGAUAUUCAGCUCCAAUUCAAUCUUUCAGAUACAUUCACCAAACCUGCAUCAUUUCUCCCGGAUGUUGCAAAACCUUUUCGAGAUGAUCCUGUAAAGCAAGAAAGGUUUGAGAUGUUUCUAAAGGAGAAGUACCACGGAGGGCUUCGCUCUAAAGAUUCUGGUGGUUCGAGUAGCAUGUCAGAAUCUUCUCGAGCUCGUGAGAGGUUGGAGUUUGAGGCUGCAGCGGAGGCAAUAGAGAAGGAAAAACGGGGAAACGAAAGUAGGCUUUCUAAUCAACAGUUUACAGAGAUAUGUGCACCUACAAGUUUGCAGUUUACCUACGGCAGUCAAGAGAAAGUUAGUCAAGCUGAAGAGGAGAUAAUGAGGAAAAUGUAUCCAAAGCGUGAAGAGUUUCAGUGGCGGCCUUCACCUAUUCUGUGCAAGCGUUAUGAUAUAUUGGAUCCUUAUAUGGGGAAGCCACCACCACCUCCACGGGUGAGGAGCAAAGUGAACUCUCUUAUAUUUAUGCCAGAUUCAGUUAAACCUCCAAAGCUCGGGGAAACCACUACAGCAUUUAGGGAUUCAUUGCCUGUACCCCAAUCUGGUGCGGAAGAGAUUAGCAAGGAAGAAGCUGACACAGAACUUGAAGUUGACGUGGAAGUGGAAAAUGUUGAGAGGCCUGUUGACCUCUACAAGGCUAUAUUCUCUGAUGAUUCAGAUGAUGAAGAGAAAAGUUCUGGUCUCAACCAAGUGGAGGAUCCCCAAAAGACGGUUGAAGCUGCUAAUACGACAUUAAAUCGUUUAAUAGCUGGUGACUUUUUGGAAUCUUUGGGUAAAGAACUAGGUCUGGAUGUUCCCUCUGAUAUGCCAUAUCCGGAAAACAAAGCUAGGGCACCAUCUAGUCAGAAGGAAACCGUCAAGGCCAACAAGGGAAAUGUUAACACGCUCCUGGUUGAAAGUAAGCCUUCAUCGACCCUUAACGCUGUUAAUAGGACUUUCUUGAAUCAGGAUGUGCCAGAAAGCAAACCGUAUCGGCGGGGUAAUGUUGUAGAGGGUGGAUCUCAUAAUGGUGAGUUAACCAUUAGCAACGUAAUAAGGACUGUUGCUCCUGGAAAUCAAUCUGGUAAAGUUGAACUUGGCAAAGUGGUUGAAGAAGACAGGAAUGUGAAAACUCCCUCGGGCGGGCACAGAAAUCGGAGCAGCGGUUCAUCAGAAGAUGAAAGGAGUAGAAAGCACUCCAGGCGUCAUCGGCGUAGAAGUAGCAACUCUGAUAGCGAUGCGAUCGACUUGUCUGGUGAUUAUCAGGAUCGUCACCAUUCAAGGUCUAAAGGGAGAAAGAAGGAAUCCUCUAGGGAAAAGAGUAGUAGUAACAGAAAACACUCAAAGCACCAUAAGCGCGGAAGAGAGGAGUCUCCCAGUAGACCUUCUCGUCGCGGUACUGAGAGAGAACAUGAAGCCAAGAGGGAGAGAAGAAGAUAGGAAGAUAAAGGCAUAAAUUUGACAUGGUUGUGAGAAAGAAUUUGAAUUGAAAAAGCUCAUUGAAGAUUCACCAUUUGAUUCAAAGGGUUUAGCUCACUUUGCUGGUGCAAGUUGGUACAGCUUUUUGACUGGUGGUUUGGAGGGCCGGGCCGGGCUCAUGCAGGAGAUCAGAUAAUUGUAUUUCUUAUGUAAUCUCUCUUACACUAGUGUUUUGGGAGCUUUGCACAGAAAAUGCCUAUAUGAUCUGUCUACAAAAUCCUCAUCAGUGUUCUUGCAGUCAACAGGUACUACUACUGGCUAAAGAAGUUAGAAUAUACUGUAAAAAUUGAGCAAUGAAUAUUGUUAGUAAAUGUGUUCUCUUGGUUUUUCCCCAAAUGGAUUGAAGGGUAAUUUUACUAAAUACAGAGGGGGUUUUUUUUUUUUU